AUGGCUGAAUUCUUGUUACCUGGUACCAACAACUUCCGUAAGUUCACUCAGGAAUCCUUGGCAGAGAUCAAAAAGAGAAUUGCUGCCAAAAAGAGCAGCCAAAAAAAUACCACAGAGCAGAAACCUGAAGAGAAACCUGAGGAGAAACCUGAGGAGAAACCCCGUCCUCAACUUGACCUGAAAGCUUUCCAAAAGUUACCAGCUCUCUAUGGAAGUCCUCCUCCAGACCUCAUUGGGGAACCACUGGAGGAUCUCGACCCAUACUACAAAGAUCAUAAGGUUUUUAUAGUGCUAAACAAGCAGAAAACAAUCUACAGAUUUACUGCUACACGUGCCCUGUGGAUCUUCAGUCCUUUCCAUCCAAUACGAAGACGAGCAAUUAAAAUUUUAAUACAUUCAUUAUUCACCUGGUUUAUCAUGUGCACCAUUUUAACUAAUUGUGUUUUCAUGGCUCUGACUGAGUCCGCAAAGACUCAAUGGAUUUUCACUGGCAUUUAUACUUUUGAAUCAUUGAUAAAAAUACUGGCACAAGGAUUCCUUCUAGAUGAAUUCACUUUCCUUCGGGAUCCCUGGAACUGGUUGGAUUUCACCGUUAUCGUCAUGGCGUAUGUGGGAGCAGUCAAUUCGCUGGGGAAUGUAUCAGUCCUUCGGACUUUCAGGGUUCUGAGAGCUCUAAAAACCAUUUCAGUAAUCCCAGGACUCAAGAUCAUUGUAGGAGCCCUUAUCCAGUCUGUUAAGAAACUUGCUGAUGUGAUGAUCCUGACUGUUUUCUGCCUGAGUGUCUUUGCCCUCAUAGGCCUCCAGCUUUUUAAGGGCAAUCUCAGGCAAAAGUGUAUCAGGAACACUACAGAGUUUUGUAAUAAAACAUGGGAAAGUUAUAAAAAUGAUUCAGGGGACUCUGUGGAUAAUUUGCUGUGUGGUCCUGGUGCUGGGGUCUGUCCUUCGGGCUACAUAUGCUGUAAAAUUGGGCCAAAUCCGGAUCAUGGUUUCACCAGUUUUGAUAGUUUUGGCUGGGCUUUCCUGUCCUUAUUCCGCCUGAUGACCCAGGACUACUGGGAGCGUCUGUACCGACAGACCCUCAGAGCUUCUGGGAAGGAGUAUGUAGUCUUCUUCAUGAUGGUCAUCUUUCUGGGCUCAUUUUAUCUAGUCAACUUGAUUCUGGCUGUAGUAACCAUGGCAUAUGAGGACCAGAACAAGGCCACCAUCGCUGAAACAGAGGCAAAGGAAAGGAAAUUUCGGGAAGCCAUGGAAUUAUUGCAGAAGGAGCAAGAGUUAUUAGGUAUUGAAGGGAUUGAUAUCCUGUCACUUAGCUCUGUUGAAGCUUCUUCUCCGUCUGCCAAAGAAAUCAAAGAAAGGAGCAACAGAAAAAAGAGAAAGAAGUCUUCGGGGAUAGAAGAUAAUGAAGAAGAAUUCCCCAAGUCACAGCACCCAGACAGUCAACAAAAGUUGUCCCUCCUUGGCCUGGUGUACGGCCCCAACGCCCGGCAGGCGAAGCGCAGGCUGAGCCACGGGAACGUGUUCAACUUCCAAAUCCCUGCCCUGGAAGCGGGGUCCAGAGCGGAUUUGGGUGAUGAGGAGCCCCACGGCACCGGGGGACACAAAGCCCGGUGCUACUCCCUGCCGGGGACGCAGACGGGACCACGCUCCAGCCUGCAGAGCCAAAGGGGCCACAGCUCCCACCCCGCCACCCCAAACUGCCUGAAGAGCAAGUGGGGCACUGGGGAUGACCACCUUGGGGGAGGAUUGGGAGUGGGAGUGGGGAGCAGCAGGCGCCCCAGCCAAGAUCCAGUGUGCUCUGAAGGAGUCGUGCUUCCAACGGUCAUGGAAGACUCGGGAAAUGGGAAUCCACAGCCGGCUGUGCACGAUGAGAGCAGCAGGAUGCGUUUAUCCCCUCCUCUGUCAGUGGAGUACUUUAAUGAGGCUCUUCAGAGACAAAGGGCAGCAAGUGUAGUCAGCAUAAUUACCAGUGUCUUGGAGGAACGUGAAGGAGCCCAGCAGAAAUGCCCACCACGCCUGAAGAACUUUGCUUUAAAGUACCUAAUUUGGGACUGUUGUCCACUUUGGUGGAGAAUCAAGGGAAAAGUGGCUGCUUUCAUAAAGGAUCCUUUUUUUGAUCUCACCAUCACGGUCUGCAUUGUGAUGAACACUUUGUUCAUGGCACUGGAGCACAAUAAUAUGUCAUCUACUUUUAAAUUAAUGCUUAAAAUAGGCAACUUGGUUUUUACAGGAAUCUUCACUGCAGAAAUGAUCUUAAAAAUCAUCGCUCUAGAUCCCUAUUAUUAUUUUCAACAGCCCUGGAAUAUUUUUGACAGUGUCAUUGUCACAUUGAGUUUAAUUGAACUGAGUUACCCCAGACAAAAAGGCGGGCAAAAAAAGCAAAAAGGAGGAACCCUGUCAGUUUUACGAUCCUUCAGACUGCUGAGGGUCUUCAAACUGGCAAAGUCCUGGCCAACUUUAAACACUCUAAUUAAAAUAAUUUGUAACUCCCUGGGAGCACUGAGUAAUCUGACCCUCGUCCUGGCAAUCAUCGUUUUCAUUUUUGCUGUAGUAGGGGUGCAAAUUUUUGGGAAAAAGUACUUAGACAACUGCCGUGCACUAAGCAAAGUCUGCUUGGAACCACGCUGGCACAUGAUGGACUUUUUCCAUUCAUUCCUCAUCAUUUUCCGAAUUCUGUGUGGCGAAUGGAUUGAGACCAUGUGGGACUGCAUGGUGGUUGCUGAACCACCACUGUGUAUUUUUGUCUUUCUGAUGGUCAUGGUGAUAGGAAAUUUAGUGGUUCUAAACCUUUUCAUUGCACUGCUGCUGAGCUCUUUCAGUACUGACAAUCUCCAGACAGCAGAGGAUGAUGGAGAAAUGAACAACCUUCGGAUCGCCUUCGCGCGGAUCCGCAAGGGAUUCCGCGCUGCCAAGAGCRUGACGUGGGAUGCCUGUUGUAGAAAGCUCAGGCACAUAAAGAAAAUGCAGAGGAAGAAAAUCAAUCAGACUGCACAGAACUCACUGGGGUUCAAGCGUGAAGAAACAAAAAGUCGUAAAGAGAAUUACAAAAAUGAAUGGAUUGAGAGAAAUGGGGACAAAUGCCCAGGUUUUGAAGAUUUCAUUAGCAACCCCAAUAUAUUUGUUUGUGUCCCGAUUGCUGAGGCAGAGAACACAAGUGAGGGUUUUGAAGAUGAUGAUAAACAGAGCACAUUUACAAACUCAGAAUACAGCAAAAAGGAUGAAAAUCACCUGAGGCAAAGAGGAGACAGAGCAAAAAAUUCAGGCAGCUGGAGUAAUGGAUCAGGAUUUACCUCUGAGGAAUUCAGUGUGCUUUCUCUAGGAGAGGACAGGAUGGGUGAAUUGUCAUCACCAGAAGGAAAAGAGCGGGACAGUGUCAUCUCUUCUGCAGUCAGCACAGUGGAUCUGACAAAUCCUGAAGAUGUUUUGAGGCAGAUUCCAGAAUUUUCUGAAGACUUCAAAACUCCAGAAGAAUGUUUUCCAGAAGGUUGUGUUCGGCACUUUCAUUGUUGCUUGGAUAGAGCUGUAAAAUUUGGAGGAGAAACCUGGUGGGAUCUGAGAAAAACCUGCUACCAGAUUGUUGAACAUUCUUGGUUUGAAUCCUUCAUCAUAUUCAUGAUUCUUCUGAGCAGCGGAGCCCUGGCAUUUGAAGACAUCCAUGUASACAAGAAAGGAAAGAUUAGAGCAGUGUUGGACUUUCUUGACAAAAUGUUCACUUUCAUCUUUGUUCUGGAGAUGCUCCUGAAAUGGGUGGCUUAUGGCUUCAAGAAGUAUUUCACCAAUGCCUGGUGCUGGCUGGACUUUCUUAUCGUAGAUAUCUCUUUGAUAAACCUGUUUGGAAGUGCCUUUGAAGCUGUGAAAUCUCUUCGGACUCUGCGAGCCCUGAGACCCUUGAGAGCAUUGUCACGGUUUGAAGGAAUGAGGGUGGUGGUCAAUGCUCUCGUGGGAGCCAUCCCAUCCAUCAUGAAUGUCCUGCUCGUCUGCCUCAUCUUCUGGCUCAUCUUCAGCAUCAUGGGGGUGAACCUGUUCGCUGGGAAGUUUGCGAAAUGUAUCAAUCAGACAGAUGAAAAUUACAAUUUCAGUAACUUGAUCGAGAACAAAAAUGACUGUCGCAGGCAUAAUGACACCGGAAAUCUAUUCUGGGUCAACGCUAAAGUCAAUUUUGAUAAUGUUGGUUCUGGCUACCUGGCUCUUCUUCAGGUGGCAACAUUUAAAGGUUGGAUGGACAUCAUGUAUGCAGCAGUAGAUUCAAGAGAGAAAGAUGAACAGCCAUUGAGGGAGAACAGUCUGUAUAUGUAUCUCUACUUUGUGAUCUUCAUCAUCUUUGGAUCUUUUUUCACCCUGAACCUCUUUGUUGGUGUAAUUAUUGACAACUUCAACCAGCAAAAGAAAAAGUUAGGGGGGGAAGAUAUCUUCAUGACAGAAGAACAGAAAAAAUACUACCAUGCAAUGAAAAAGCUGGGAUCCAAGAGACCUCAAAAACCCAUUCCAAAACCACUGAACAGAUACCAAGGUUUCCUUUUUGACAUUGUGACAAGUCAGACCUUUGAUAUUGUCAUCAUGUCUCUCAUCUGCCUCAACAUGAUCACGAUGAUGGUGGAAACCUACGAGCAAAGUGAAACGAAGACAAACGUCCUCAACAAAAUCAAUAUACUCUUUGUUGCAAUCUUUACUGCAGAAUGUGUGCUGAAACUGCUGGCUCUGAGGCAAUACUAUUUCUCAAAUGCCUGGAACAUAUUUGAUUUAGUUGUUGUUAUCAUGUCACUUGUUGCUUUACUGCUUUCCAGCAUCGGCAAAGCCUUUGAACAUUUCUUACCACCCACACUCUUCAGGGUCAUUCGCUUGGCCCGGAUUGGGCGAAUACUGAGGCUCAUCCGGGCAGCCAAAGGAAUUCGAACUCUCCUGUUUGCCUUAAUGAUGUCCCUGCCUGCUCUGUUCAACAUUGGUCUCUUGCUCUUUCUGGUCAUGUUCAUUUAUGCCAUUUUUGGCAUGGCUAACUUUGCCUAUGUGAAAUUGGACGGUGGCAUUGAUGACAUGUUCAACUUCCAAACCUUUGGUAACAGCAUGCUCUGUCUCUWCCAAAUUACCACAUCAGCUGGCUGGGAUGGCCUUCUCAGCCCUCUUUUGAGCACUGGACCACCAUUCUGUGACCCAAACAUAAACGGUACGGUGGGUGAAUGUGGUAAACCUGCCAUAGCUAUUAUUUAUUUUGUAAGUUACAUCAUUAUAUCGUUUCUCAUUGUUGURAACAUGUAUAUAGCUGUAAUUCUGGAGAACUUCAAUGUUGCCACUGAGGAGAGCACAGAGCCUUUAGGGGAAGAUGACUUUGACAUUUUUUAUGAGGUCUGGGAGAAGUUCGAUCCUGAGGCAACUCAGUUUAUAACKUUGUCCGCACUUCCAGACUUUGCAGACGCUCUGACUGGGCCCUUGCGUGUACCAAAACCAAACAAAUUAGAACUCAUAGCAAUGGACCUGCCUGUGGUCAGUGGGGACAAGAUACACUGCUUGGAUAUCUUGUUUGCUUUCACCAAGAGGGUACUGGGAGAUUCUGGGCAUCUGGACACUCUGAAAGUACAAAUGGAGGAGAAAUUCAUGGCUGCCAAUCCGUCAAAGCAAUCCUACGAGCCAAUAUCGACCACGCUCAGGCACAGGCAAGAGGAAACRUCGGCCGCGGUGAUCCAGCGCGCCUACAGGAGCCACGUGCUGCGCUCCCUCAAGGAGACUUCCAGCCUGCAGCCUCGCAGAACUUGCAACACGGACACGCUGGGAGAUGCUGCUCCAGAAAACCAAGGACUCAUUGCGUCCACGCUCUGUGCAAACUAUGACAGGAGUCCCAGCAAGUCCGAAACUUCGUCCUUGGUGUCCAUCCCUCCGUCGUAUGACAGCGUCACAAGGGAGAGUAGCGGCAAUCUCCUGGCUGAGAAUGGAGAAGUGGCAGGCACUCAACAAUCUCCAGACAUUAAGUAG